AUGAGGCCUUUCUUCGAUUCUGAUAUUGUCGUAAACUUCACUCUAUCUGAAGAAGCAAUAGAAAGAGAAAAAAAAAUUAUAGAAAAUAAUAAAAGAGCUAUACACGAAUUUCAGAAAGAAAAAUUACUACAAGAAGGAAAAAAAAAUUGGGAUAAAUUUUAUAAUCAUUAUAAAACAAAUUUUUUUAAAGAUAGAAAAUGGAUUAAAGUUGAGUUUGAUCAUAUUUUUAAAGAUGGAGAUUUAUUAAAUGACUCUAAGAAUUGUGAAAAUGAACAAAAAGAAAAAAGAAAAAUAAUUUUAGAAAUGGGAUGUGGAGUAGGGAAUACAUUAAUUCCACUUUUGCUAGAGUAUCAUAAUUGUGAUUUUAUUGGAAUAGACUUUUCUAAAAAUGCGAUAAACUUAUUGAACGAAAAAUGGAAAAAAAUUGUUCAUAUAAAUGAGACGUUAAAAAAUGAGCAAAUGAAUGGCCAGAAUUUAAAUGGCUUAUCAUCUCUUGGCGACAUUUCAAAUAGCGAAAAUCGCAAAGUAGAAAAUGACAAAGUAGAAAAUAUUAGCGAUAGUGUUGAGAAUAAUAUUUCUACUGAAAAUGGUUACGAUAUGGAAUAUGAAGACCAAGGAGAAGAGGAAAAUUAUUCAUGUAUCUACGAUUUAAAAGAGUAUAAAAAAUUAGGGAACUUAAUAAAAACAUCAGUAGUAGAUAUAACGUCAUAUAAUGAGAUCUCAACAAAUUUAAAUGAAUUGGGAUAUGUUGAUGUUGUUUUACUUAUAUAUGUUUUAUCUUCUGUUUCACCAGAAAAAAUGAAGAAUGUAAUUUUAAAUUCAUAUAAAUAUUUAAAAAGUGGUGGUUAUGUUUUAUUAAGGGAUUAUGGAUUAUAUGAUUUAACACAAGUUAGAUUUGCUAAUAAGAAAGAAAAAAAAAUUUCUGAUAAUUUUUAUGUUCGUGGAGACAAAACAUUUGUUUAUUUUUUCACAACAGAAGAACUUCGGAAUUUGUUUUGUCAAAAUGAUAUGUUUGAAGAAAUUCAAAAUAAAUAUAUUACUAGAAUUGUUAAAAAUCGAAAAAGAAAUUUAGAAAUGAAAAGAAUAUGGGUCCAAUCGAUUUUUAGAAAAAAAUAA